AUGGGAAUGCACUGGGGAAACAUGUGCCGGAACAUACGUGGUAUCUACAUCUACAGCCUUUCACCAUAUGAGCAAAAGGCUUUCCAUAAUGUUUUACUGAAAGGAGUCCCGAAUAUGGUGAGGAGGAUCAGAGGGCAGAUUUUUAGAGUUUUACCGCCCUUUAUUAUUGGCUAUGUGAUUUAUGCCUGGGCCAUUGAAGAGCACCAGCGACUACAGCGCAAGAGCCCAAGAGACCGGUGUGUCGAGUGA